GUGUGUGUGUGUGCUGUAUUAGCGACGCUAGUCAGUGAACUCUCAAACUAUAUUAAAAUGGUAAAAGGUGGAAAGCGAUAUUCUUCAAUGAGCAAUGAUGGCAAAUGGUUUGCUCAUCCAGUUUUACCAGAAAAUGAGACGAGGAGUCGUGAGGCUUGUACAAGCACUGGGAUCGUGACUCCGGUUAAAUCAUCAGUGCCUCAGGCUUUGAACUUGGAGCGCUAUCCUAAAUGGAAAACUCAGCAGAAAUCCAGAGAAUAUCCAUUCUCCUGCCAUGACAACAAGCAUGCCUUAAAAGACAACAUCACUGUCUUCACUCAAGGUGUGGGACGCAAGAAGUGUCUUGAUGAGCACAGACUGCACAACUCUCACUUCUGCAUGUGCCACGAUGGAGCUUACAGCAGCCCUGAGGGGAACGUCUCGGUCCACCAGACUGACUUCACGAUAAAACCGGUUGUUAAUGUUCCAACCAGCACCAGACGUUUCCCCCGCAACCACAAGCAGAAGGCAGCAGAGGCCGCUUUGGCGCAGGCAGGGGAGAAUUUCAUGUGGUUCGGACGACACGACUCAAACGCCUCAGAGACCCUGCAAGUGCUGGCAGCUACUAAUUGCUCAGCACCAUCCAAGCCCUAACAUACUCCUACAUUUAAGGCACUAGAUGGCAUCAUAGAGAGGGACAGACAGGGAAAAUAGGAAACCUUACAAACAAGAUUUGUUCCACAACAACCCCAAUUAGACUGGAAAGUGGACUAUUCCAAUCCACUUGAUGUACUAACAAAAUAGCAUUUGUGCAUCUUAAAAUAUUUGGAUUUGCAUUUGAAAAUGAUAUUUUGAGACAUCAAGUUGUAUUUAAAAAUACUUUUACUCGCAUAAUCUAUACAAACUUGAAAUGUGAUAUCCAUGUACUCAUAUUACUCUUUCAGGUAUGUUUUCAACAUAUUUAA